CGAAGUCAUCUCCUACAUCCAGCAAUCGCUGAGCACGGCCAAGCUGUACAUCGAGCAAGUGCAUGAGGCGGACAUGGCGGACGGGCAGACUAAGUUCAAGGUGUUGCAGUCAGAGCAGAAUGAUAUCGCCCGCAUUGGUCGGCAACAGCUGCACUUGGAGGACGCCGCUCUGAACGCCUCACCACACUUUGCCCUGGCUGAAGCUAAGAUAGCGGCGGCUGGAGGAGGUGUGGAUAGCAUCGACGGAGAGAUAGCGGGCAUGCCGCGAAGAAUAACGUGGAGCGGCAUCGGUCGUGAUUCUAAAGCAGUUCCCGGUUCGCCACCGCAAGAGGUAGUGCGGCAGCUUCAGAAAAGACAUGACUCGUCCAGCCAGUCUAUGAACGAUCUGAGCAAGGAUGACGGUAUCGGGGCAAGCCGCGGUCGUCUAAGUGCCAAUUCCACAUCAGCUGGCGGUGGUGGUAGUGGCGGAGACCUGCGGUUACUCAAUCUGAAAGGUCCCGCCGGUCCUAGACCACCGCCGCUCAGUUACUCCCCACCGUCCUCCCCACCACCCGCUCCACCCGCCGUCUUGUCACCAGCCAAAUCCACCCCACUGCUGAGUCCUACUACUAGAAACAUGCUGGCCAAACCCCAGAAGCCUCCUCGUUGUGGUGGCGUAAGUCCGGCACGGGAGCGGUACGAGCGCGAUCUCAACUCGCCGGAUUACUCUCCGCCCAGUCAGAAACACGCGGUGAUAGGCAAGAGCGGCGAGUGUGUCGUGUCACCCGACACUCACACGGCUGCAGUGGACCCACUGCUCGGGAGCUUGUCCAAUACCAAUACCAUCACGGGAGGAGGAGUGGAGCAGACACUACCGUCAUCCAGCAUAGCUGCUCAGUCUAGCCAUGAGAAAACAGCUGCACAUCGCCAUCAGUCAUCACACCCGCUCCAGACAGAGUCACAUGCUCAAGUCACUAAUGACAUCACGGCACAAUGCGGCGUCGUUCCAGGUGGUCUGUCGGAACGAAGCGGAAGUGUGAGUGUGACCACCACCUCACCACCAGCAACGGCUGCUAACUCUCCUCGCCCAGUGCCGAAACCUCGACGUCGUGGUACGGGCGGCAUCAGUGCAGCUACCGCACCAUGUACGGGUACAAGCAAGUGUUCAGACACGGGAAGAGAUCAGACCCAAGCACGGAGCGGUGCAGAAGUGACAACAGGAGAGGACCGGAAGCGACAGCUUGUUGAACCGGAAAUCUGUGAUUCCACUAGCGACGCACUGGCCAAUUUUGACGAUGCGGGCAAUCUGCCUGCAUCGUCUCAAUCUCGCCUUAAACCUGCUGUACCCAUAAGAAGUGACAGUAUUUCUGAUGCCAGCACUGCGACCCAGCUAGCAGCUAUGAAAGCCAGCGCUACCAAAAGCCAGAGAGCGAGACAACUUCCAAUGGAGCCCGAACAGCCGGAAGACGAGCACCCAUACGAGGAUAUUGAGUUUUCAACUGACGAAGCCGGUCACAUUGCAUCGCAAGCCCAUAGCAACGACCUGAUUGGGUCUGCACCAUACCCGGGAAGUGUGUCAGCAAUGAAAACAUCACAAUCAGCAGAUGAUCCUAGCUAUGCUUGCGCAGCAACGGACACUGAACUUGCAAGCACCUUGACCCGUGACCCACCAGACGGUCAAGAGGCUGAUACUGAACACAUCGAAACCGGGCCGGCACAGCCGGAAGUUGAUUAUAUAGAUGAAGAACCCAUAUAUGUCAAUCUGGCAAGCUAUCGGUUGCCGGAGAUUGUGGAUAGCACAGAUGAUGAGCUUCAGUAGGUGAAUACUCGUCUCCACUUGUACUCGCUACAUCUAUAUACGGAUCAGGAAGCAAAUUGUUCCCACUCCGACUUGAGUAUUAUGCAGCCGGCGUUUGAGAGAGAAACAUCACCCGGUCCCUGCUGUAUCAUGCAAUCAUUGAAGUUACCUUGAUGUCGUCAGUGUGGCUGUACACGCGUCUCUAGGUCCUAACGUACUGAUGACACUACUAUCACUAGUGCUGCUGAUGGUGGACGGUGCAUCUGUCAGUCAGCACAGUGCUUUUCCAGACUGCAUGUGUUAUAAUUCUGGUCAAGUAAUCCACCACCACCAGAGCUGCUGCGUGAUCACAUGGAUCAACAGACGCGCAUAUACGCAUGCUUAUACACGCACUCACAUGCACACACAAACACGUACACUUGCAUAAAUUCAUAUGCACACGCAUGCACGUGCGUACGCACACACAAGCACACACACACGCGCGCGCGCACACACACACACACACACACGCAUGCACGCACGCACCCCCCCCCCACACACACACUGUGUUUGUACAUGUAUACCAAUGACCGGCUGUGGUAACACCAAACUUACACUUACAAUGUGACGUCUGAAAUAUUUCAGUGCUGCAAUAAUUUUCUGCGGCUUUUUCCUCACUCCUAAUUAUAGUGUCUCCUUGCUGCUGGUCAUGCACAUCGCGUUGAGAACAGCUUUCCGGAACUUCUCUGAUGUUCCUGAAUCUUGCCUUCGGCAUACAUGUAAUUGCUCUUCUGUGAAAAGCCUGGUGUGAAAAUAUCUAUACUAAUAUAGAUUGGUUUAGUCUGUGCAUGCAGAUGCACGUAUGCCCCUUGUCCAAGUCAACGUUGUGUUUCUUGUCAGUCUGGAGGAUGAUGGUGGAUAGGCCGAUAGGCCAACAUACUUAUUUUGAUUGAUUUUUCCAAGU